UGUGGUUUAGCAAAUAAAUUGGAUUACACUUAAAUAGAGAACAGAAUGAUUCAUUAUCCUACAUUAUCCUCGAGACAAAAACUGCAAAAGUAGUCAUUAGAUUCGAGGUAAGGUCGUUUUUAAGCUGCGGCUAUUUCCUGAGCUGCAGCCACCUCGCUAUUCCGGCCAAGCUGCAUGGUCCCAAGGGUGACCGGAUUAACGAGAGUCUACUGUAUAAUAUGCAACUGUGCUGGGCUAGAAAACAACAUUUUCUUGGCCUACGAGGUGUAUGACGAUCAGAUAUUCUAUCAAAUAGUUGAUGCUGUGUGUGCAACACUAGGAAUGGAUUGUGACACUCUUCUGUUCAACUUUGGUUACUACACAUUUUCAGUCUACUGGCGAAACUCUACUCACGACACCCUUCUCUACUGCCUGGGGGACAGUGUACAAGAGCUGAUACAAAAUUUAAACGCCCUUCAUCACCACCUUUCUUCAAGGUAUGACAAGAUGAUUGCUCCGGCCUUCACUUGCAACACUGUGCCUGAGGGUCUGCUUGUGCACUAUCACAGCGCCAGACCAGGACUAGGAGAGUAUGUUAGAGGUAUCAUCACUGGAUUGGCUAAUCACAUGUAUCGGCUGAAUGUCAACGUGGAGAUGCUGGAACAUGAGACUGUUUCAGCAAGGGCAACAAAGCACUACUAUAAAUUUCGGAUCACACUGAAUGGGGUUAAAGAUGAGAUUACAUUGUCAAAGCUCCAUGGAAUCAAAAACAAGAAAGUGGGAGUGAUAAGGGAUAUAAAAAAAGUUAAAGCAAACUUCCACAUUAUCAAGUCGAAGUCUGAAUUCGAAACUGAGCCCAAAAUAAAUCCCAUAACAUCCACUGAUGUUGACUGGCCUGUUACACCUGAGAUAUUUGAGUCCAUUGCUCCAUACCAUUUGAUCUUUAAUUCGGACCUUAAGAUACUAAGAAUGAGUGUUCCAUUUUCAAGGAUAAUUGAGUGCCAGCACAUCACUGACCAUCCUAAGAUUGGAGACCUAUUCGAUAUUGAGAUUCCUCAAGUGGAGUUGACACAUGGUAACAUAUUGAAUGAGUCGAAUGCUUUGUUUAUCCUCUCGGUGAAACACAGUACUAGCUAUGGUGUCGUAUCAAAACGAACUCUUCGUCCGAGUUUCCGGGGGCAAAUGUGUCCAUUUUCGUCAUCUCUAGAUUCACCGAUUCUUUUUCUUGCUUCUCCUGCUGUGAACAGCUUUGAGCAGCUUGAACAGAUGGGUCUGAGUAUAGCAGACAUUGGAAAGAGCAGCUCCUUGCACGUCCUCCUAGAAAGCAACAAUGAUUACACCCCACAGAUGGAUUUAUCCAGGCAGCUAGAAAAGGCCAAAAAUCAACUGGAAAUGGAAAAAGCUGCAGUAGAGAAAGCCAGAAGACACACUGAUCUGAUACUACAUAGAAUGCUCCCAGUGAAAGUAGCCAGUGUCUUAAAACAAAACGGAUAUGUGGCUCCAAUGGAGUUUUCACAAGUGUCAAUUCUCUUCACAGCAAUCGCAGACUUUCAAAAGAUUUGCAAAGAGACCAGUUCUCAUCAAGUGGUCACAAUGCUUAACGAUCUGUUUACACGAUUUGAUAAUCUGUUGGAAACUUAUCAAGUCUACAAGGUUGAAACAGUGGCAGACUCGUACAUGAUGGCAGCUGGUUUCCCUGACACUGCCAAAAAGCAUGCUCACGCUGUCACUAAAAUGGCGUUUGAGAUGAGAAGAGAAGUGAAAGAGAUGAAUAGCACAUACUCUUACAACAUUGAGAUUUUGAUAGGCGUCCACUCGGGUCCUGUGGUAACCGGUGUUAUCGGCACAAAACAACCACGCUACUGUCUGUUUGGAGAUACUGUGAACACUGCUAGUAGAAUGAACUCCACUGGAGAGCCUGAUCGGAUUCACAUCAGCCAAGAAACGUUCAAGCACAUCUGUGAUGAUUCUUCCUACCACUUUAUCAGUCGAGGGAAGAUCUUUGUAAAAGGCCUUGGGUUACGAGCUACCUACUUUGUGGAGGAGGACCAAAAUAUCACUGUGCACACGCAUGAUAAUGACACUUUGGAAGUGACCUCUAUAGACAGAGAAGAUCAUCAAUCAGAGCUAUAGCUAGAGCAUAAUGUUAUCUCCUGAACAACUCUGAAUUCUUGUUGUUGUGAAUGCUUAUUUUUGUUGUUUAUGAAGGAUAAUAAUAAUAGCAUCGAGUCCAUC